ACCUUAACAGCCCUGCGCUGUAGUGAGCCCUGGGCAGUGCUUCUGGUUCACCAGGUGGCCUGAGUUCUUCACCUAUUUCGGAGACUCGAUUAUUUUUAUUAGUAUUGAGUCAUUUCAACGGAUUUCCUGAAGGCCAACCUGUAGGGAGAAGGAGAAGCUGGACAUUAGGCAUCUUCUCCUAAGAGACUCUUCAAACUGCUACUAUGAAACGUCGACAAAAGAGGAAACAUCUGGAAGAUGAAGAGUCCCAGGAAACUGCUGAGAAGGGAGGAGGAAUCUCGAAGUCACAAGAGGAUGCCCCUCAGCUUGGAUCCACUGGGGUGGCCAAAGACUCAGGCCUAAGGGUAGGGGAGGCCUCCUCUGCCUCCGAAUACUUCUCCUGCGUUUCUUCUCCACGCAAGCUCAUCCGUGGUGGAAUCCGGGGAUUACAUCGAGACAGUCCCCAGCCUACAACACCCCUAGCCCAGGUUCAGGAACAAGGGGAGACUGCUCCCCCCUCACCACAUGUCUCCUUCUCGUCCCCUUCAUCCUAUAAGACCUGUGUGUCCUCUCUGUGUAUAAACAAAGAGGAAAGGGGCAUGAAAAUAUACUACAUGCAGGUACAAAUGAAAAAGGGUGUGGCUGUCUCCUGGGAGACAGAGGAAACCUCAGAGUCACUAGAAAAGCAGCCGAGGAUGGAAGAAAUGACCCUUCCUGAGGACGUGCGGCUGACAGGCACAGUGGAAUCAGAGAGCACCCAGGAGAAGAAGGAGGAGAAGAAGGAGAAAGAGAAAGAGGAGGAAGAAGAAAAGGAAAAUGAAGAGGAGCAGCCCACAGGGGAAGACCCUGGCAUGAGGAGACCCUGGAGCCAACGUCCAGGCUAUGUGUUUCAUUCUCCAAAGGACAGGAACAACUGAGAUUCAUGGGCCAGAAGAUUCUGGAAGAUUGUGUGGCCUUCUCUUAGGAGAGGGAGAAGACAGAACCCUGGGGAUAGUAGCAGAUGGAAUGCCAACGGUACAGAGGAGGAUGAAGAGACCAGCACUCAGUCUAACAUCACAUGACAAUAUAAAUACCAUAUGCAAUAAAGGCUGUUUUCCAAACCUUU